CUGUACCUUACAUCCCAUCAUAUCUCGUACCAAUACUGAGAUACCCAGAAACUCAAUACCAAGAUUGGAGUAACAUUAUCCGAAUAUUCAAGAUUAUUAGCUUCCGUCGCUGGCUCCGGAAAGGACCCAUUGCCGCCUUAUCAAAAUGGAGGGAGAUCUCCCGUCCAUUCCGUCACGACCUAAGGGUCUGACGAAAUCGAACUCAAGCGCAUCUUUCGGCGGUGGCUCUGCAAAGUCCGUGUCAGUACUAGGAACACAUCCUCUGGGCACUCUUCAUGUUCAUCAAGUCAGCGAGACGCCUCAUGAGCAAGAAGAUGAUGAUGGCCCUCCGCCCUUGGAUCCUCCCUCGGGACAGAGUGAGAAUACUGUGAUCAAGACCUCCCAACAUGGCUCUUCCAACUCCUUCCACAGCCCAAGCUGGGAACCCUUGACACACAACAUGGGAGGCGGAGAUGUGGUACUCAUAUUAGACUUGCCCGAAGUCUUCACGGUUGGGUACGACUCAAUAUCAUUUACAGCUAAGCACUUUGGUGGCGUCAGGGAUAUACCACCAGGUGCUCACUUCUUCUGGGUCGCUCAUCCAGGAGGUCUUUCUGCUCGGUGUGGUUUCUGGGUUGUCACGAACAGUGUCGACACUGUCCAUGUUAUGCAGUGGGAUCGAUACAAUGAGGUUCUGGGUGACUCAGCUCGUGCUGAAGCCCGCAUCCAAGCCGAUAACCUCGACACUAUUCACUCAAAACUCGUCCCUUAUCAAGAUCCAAGUGCAGUAAACGCCGCCAACGGUGAAUUCACUCAGGCUACCUCACACAGAAAUCUCAACAUGUGGGAGCAGUUAACUGGCAAGAUCACAGAGGGCCUUCUCAAUCGAGUGACAGGACAGAACUACGAUAAUUGGACAGUACAUACCGGCGAUCGUGUCAAAGGGUCGAUACUCAUGGCUGGCGAGAUGGAGCUUGACAACUCAAUCUCAAAUCCAUUGCUCAAGGCUCGCGAGCUCAACUUCGCGUUCAGCCAACGGACCAAAACAUACUCAACAGAUAACACCGGAGCCGACCGGACUUUAAGAGCCACGGAUGCAACUCCUUAUAUCUUGUCGCAGGUUGAUGCUUCUGAUAAUGAUCUGAGCCCUGACGACGUUAUCGGCGAAUUCCAGUUCUCUUUCGUUGUAGGCGUCCACCUUGGUAACGAUUCAUGCAUUCAGCAAUGGUGGCAUAUGUUGCUGAAAAUUUUUCUCCAUGCUCAUCUCCUCCCCCUCAGUCGACCAUCUCUCGCAGCUGCAUUCAUUCGCACCUUGACGGCCCAACUCACGUACAGCGCCUCCUGGCUUGAAGGUUCAAUUCUUGAUACUGCAGAAUCACAAACCAAAGAUCUUCGACUUUCACUCACUGUCUACAAACGACGCUUGGACGAAUUUCUGCAAGGCUUGGGGAACAAUGCCACACCUGAGCAAUUGGCUGUUGCUACAGCUUUUGCGGGACUUGAAGCUGUUGUGACUGGUACACUGGAUUGGGAUCUUCGCGGAGACUAUCUACGUCGAGGUAAAGUCAUGAUGGAAGAUGGCGAGGAAGUCGAGCUGGAGGUUGCUGAUUUGGCAGCCGAAGAUGAGCGUGGAGAGUGGGCACCAGAGAUUGUUGAUCUGGAUGAGUCUGGACGACAACGCGAUCUUGUCUCGUGGAACGACUAGAUAUGCUAUUUCACAAGAAUGCUUCGUGCUUCCAAACAUUGGGGGAGACUAGCAGAGCCAACAACAGUAAGGGGGUUCCAGACGCGAAGGAAGAAACAGAGCGUAAUGUGUUACCUUAUGUGUAAGGAGUAGCUCAGCAUCGGAAUGCAGUUGGAUUGGCGAAACGAUUGAGUUUACAAAGCUGGAGUUAGGAGUUGGGAUUUAUUCCCGUAACAGCAACAAAGCACUAAACAUUUGGCUUCUAUCAACA